ACGUCACAGAAGAACUCCGAAACUUUCAGACAUUCGCUGAAGUUUGUGCGAGUAAGUUGAUUAUUGAGGUUGCUCUGAUCAGGAGAGAAAAUGACGUUUCUGAGUGCACUUCUCGCUGCUGUGGUGUAUUUUCUACUGCACCCCCUGUUGUACAUGGUCAUAGCUGCAGCCACCUUUUACUAUUAUGUUAAACGACGCAGUCGAGAGAAAACAACAGCGGGCCCCGAGGACACAACUGAAGAUUCAUUGUUUGACCAGGGCACGGAACCGGCUGUGGUCCAACCCACAGAGGUUCCUCAGGACCAGGUCACGGAGCUUGUGAAGAUUCUGAACCGUAUUUUGUCUGAUGACAGGAUGAAGGAGCUGGAGGAAUGCAUCUGUAAGGCACUCAGAAAUUGGAAGAUAAAAAGCAAGAUCAGUGGUUGGGGUCUGGAUGACAUCUUUGUGGCAGUUACACAGGCACUAGCACAUGGGGCUGUGGCUUGCACACGCAGUGAGGUCCCGAGCUCUCAAGUAAAUGACGAAGAGGAGUUCAGUGUCGGUCCGUGGGCAGCAAUGAAGGCUGAGAUGGGAUUGGAUGAGAGAAACCCUUCCUGUUUCCUCCAUCUGUACAGCGUUGUCAUGGUGCUGCGGAAAGCGGCAUCAAGACAAGUGUCCAUGAAUAAGGUGCCUAACAUGGCGGUGGUGUUAAAGAGCAUUUUGCACACCCAGGGAGAUGCCAUAGCAGUGUUCAGGGACCCCACGGGUGAGAUGCAGGGUACAGUUCACAGACGGUUGCUGGAGGAGAGACAGGGAGAGCUGAAGACUGGCGCAGUGCUGCUGCUCAAACAAGUGAGCGUGUUCUCCACCUCUAAUCAGAACCACUACCUGAACGUAACCCCCAAUAACCUUCUUCGAAUCUACCCUCCUGACGGAGCAGUCCACGCCUCCUCCCAGCAUUCUCAGCCUGCACUGCCUGAAGGGGGGCCCAUAUCUCAGGAGCAGGGCAGCAUCCCAGCUAAACCUAGGGUCCCAGCUAAUGGGGUGGUCCAGUCUGCUACACGACCUGACUGCUCAGAGGAUGCUCAAUGGGAUGCAGAUGACCCUGACGAGCUGCUUUUGGCGUUGCGUCGAGUCUUACUCCGCCUGGAGCCGACACCAUUAAUAUAGAAAUGUGCCAGACCACAGCAAAAUGGCAUAGCCGAACAUGCUUUUUGUUCAGUUUGUGUUUCUGUAGAAGCUGUUGUAAGAUAUGUACAUAAUCAGAAAACAGUCAUCUAGACGAGAUGAAUAAAUUUUCAAGUUUGAA